CAUUUUAGCGUAGUCUUCAAAACUGAACUCAGUGAUGAGCAAAGAAAACGAGAUCAAUCUUGUGAUACAUUACAAGGAUGACCGUAAAGAACAAAAGGUCAAGAUUUCUAAGGACUUUACAGAAACUAAGAAGAAUAUACUCAAUGUGUUUGGUAUCAAUGAUAAAGAAACCAAUAAUUACUGCCUGAAGAUUCCGUCUGGAGGUCUGAUAGAGGAAAGCAAUGUCAUCUUUGAUAACGACAAGCUGUGAAUCAUUCCUUCUGGAAUGGAAUGUGAGCCUACUGGAUGCACUCCAAUGGAUGAAUAUGAGCUCAAGAUCAAGCAAGAAACUAUGAAAGAUAUGAACAUUGACCCAAAGAAUAGCGAGGCUUUCAGGAAGUUCCAGUAUACCAAGAUUACAAAAUCUGAUUAUGAUAUCCUUGGAUGCCUUCUUCUCACAAAGCAAUAUACUGAAUACCACUCUUUAAGCGAUUUGAUCAACAAGAAAUGGGCACAACCAUUAGGGUUUCAGAUGAAAAUGGUGAGGCCACCCAAGACCAACAAGGAUGGCACUAAAACCAUCAGACUUUAUUGCCUUCGUUUUAGUAGAGCCGGGAACAAAAAGAACCAACUGAAGAAUCCUGAAACUGGAGAAGAAGAGGAAAAUUGCAAGUUUGGUAUUACUUUCAAGCAAGACAAUGAAACUAAGAUCUGGCUUCUUUACCAAGAAUUCGAACAAUCUAACUUCAUUCAUAACCAUAAGUGUAACGACAGACCAAAGAACUUGGAGCUCAAUCUCAAUGAAUACGAUGUUGCUGAAACUUGUAAGAACUACAAAAGAAGGAUUAAAUCAUUGAUCAGACUUCAACGUCUCAUCGACCAAAAGAGUGACCUUGUUGUAAAGCAAAAGUUCUACAUCGAUGAGAAAUCUAAGAGAGAAAAGAAGAUUAAAGUCAAGAAGGAAAUGCCAAGAAUCAAAAAGGAAAAACCUGACAGUGAGAGAAAGAACCGCGGAGAGUCUCAUAGAAGUGCACAGAGAGCAUCAAGGAAUAUCUCUGCUCAACAAGAGAUUAACCUCCUUGUAGAGUGCCUCCAACAAAAAGGUGAAAGCAUCUCAUCCAUGAUAGAGCUUGAUGAAGAUGUUAAUGAAAGUGGAAGAAAGAAAACCAACAAACUGUUCUAUUCAAACGAGGAAAUGAGAGCACAGUACAUGAAGUUCAGAGACUUUAUCUAUAUUCAUAGAAGGAUGAAUGAGACGAGAUUUGGGAAAUACCUUUCAUUGAUCUGUGGAGUGGAUAACCAUGGCUUCAAUACCAUAUUUGGAUUCUCGCUAACAUCAAAGGAUGAUAUUCCUUCAAACGAAUGGAUCUUUUCAAACUUCAGCAAGUUCAUGGGAGAUUCCAAGCCAAGAGUAGUCAUUAUAGAAAGGAACAAGAAUCUCCAGAAAGCUCUUACCUCAGUUUUCCCAGCUAGCGAGACUAAAGUAGUUUACUGUCCUCACUACAUUCAUAAAUCACUGAAAUUCGAGUUUGAUGGUGAUCUGAGGUCCAACAAUGAAACACUUUAUGAUAAAAUUGUAAACAUUCCAGUAAUCGAAUCUCAAUCUGAAUUUGAAUCACGACUUGCUGAGGUUAAAAACUAUGCUUUGAUGACUAACAACGACCGUCACAGGAACCUAAUCCUGAAGCUAGAGUCUGAAAAAGACCUAUGGGCUGCUUGUUUUCAAAAACACCUGUUCCUUGGUGGUGUUGUGAUCUGAGACAGAAUAGCUAAAAUCAAGAGUUACCUCAAGGUUUUCUUCGCCAAAUCCUCUCGCCAGCCUAUCAAUGAGAGCUUCAGUAAACUCCUAGAGAUCAACUCCAAGAGUGAUUUGAAGGGAACGAUAGAGUCAAGGACAAUUUCCUUUAAACAUAACCAGAUCUUCAUGAAUUUCAAGUUUAUCCGUACAUUAACGAACCAGAACGCAGUCAGCGAGUACGUCAAGGAGAGGGUCAAGUGGUUUGCCAGUAAAAGCUUCAAGUAUGAAAUUUCUCAGGCUGACGAGAAGGCUAAAGUCUUUCUAGUAUCUAAGAAGAAAGAACUCGAGGUCAGAGGAAGAUCACGGACUUAUGGAGAUCAUUCCAAAGUAGUAGUAAUCGAUAACUGCUUGUUCUGUACCUGUCUGGAUCAAUUUAAUACUGGUAUUCCUUGUGCUCAUGAGUUCUGUGUUCAUAUGAAAAAUCCAGACUAUAACGUCAGGCUAAACAAAAGAUGGUACAGAGGAUUUUCUGAGAAAGACUACACUCCUGAUGAAUUAAACAAAUAUAUGACGAAGCAGGCAGACUUGAGAAAGAAGUUAAUCCAGUACAUGAAAAGUAUCAAGUCGAACAUAAAGAUCACUCAGACUGAUUUCUCCUUCAAGAACACUGACAUGAGCCUGGGCGGCAUCAGCAAUAUGGAAAAGAUAGUAGAAGAUGCAGAUAGCUCCUUAAUUGUCAUCAAGGUAAAGCAAGAGGCUGAAGCACCAGACCUCUCAGAAACAGACCUUAAGAAGCUCCUUGAAGGAAUUGACCCUGAAAACAUUGACCUGGAAGAACUUGAAAAGCUGAUCACUCAUGGUGAUGAAGAAGAGGACGAUGAGAAUUAUGAUCUUGGCAAAGAGUUCAAUAGAAAAAUGGAGAACAAGAAGAAAAGAGAAGAACUCAGAGAGAAGCUCAAGCAAGAAAAGAUGAAGAAAAGAGAAGCCAAGCUUGCUAGGAAAACAAAGCCAAAGGAGAAAAAGAUUGAGAAAAAGAGUCUGAAAGAUCUCAUGAAGUCAAUGAAUACAUCAAGUAAGCUUAACUUUACCGAACUCUUGCUUGAGAUGAGAAAGAAGGUUGAGGAAGAAAAGAAAAUCAAAGAAGAAGCUAAAUCAGCAAAGAAGGCAAGACCUGCAAAGGGGAAAAGUGUGAACAACAAGAGGAAGAAGAAGCAAGAUUCUUCCGAUAGUGAUGAUUCUCCUCCAAAGCAUCAAAAGAAAAGAAAGAAGAAGGAUGAGAGCGAUUCUGAUAGCUCAUAUCACUAA